AUGGCCAUCAACGUGGGGAAGGCAAACCUUGUGGAGCACUUGGAGCUCAUCCUCAGUCUCCGUGGCUCCUACCCGAUAGUGGCAAUCGAUACGGAGUUCCCGGGGUUCAUUCGCGACACCCCUCGCGAUGCCACCGAAGAAGAAAGAUACAAUGACGUGAAGCACAACGUGGAUAACAUGCACCUGAUCCAGCUGGGCGUCGCCUUGUUCGACGAAGGCGGCAACACCCCAUGGCCAGGGUGCUGUUGGCAGUUCAAUUUUUCGGAUUUCGAUCCCGAUGUGGAUGCUUCCUCUCCCGACUCCAUCGAGUUGUUGGCACAGAGCGGGCACGACUUCCAGCAAAACCGACGACACGGCAUCGACGCGCGGCGGUGCGCCUAUCUGGUAUGCGUGAAGCUCUUCUGCCAACCCUACAGCUCCAAGUAUGUUACGUUUCAUGGACUCUACGACGUGGCAUUUGUGAUAAAGAUGAUCACCCGAGCCCCACUGCCCAACACCUUGAACGAGUUCUCUGAUUUGGUGAGGACCAUCUUCGGCCAGAUUUAUGAUAUCAAAUAUAUAUCUCGAUUUUGUGGAGGACUGCGUCAGGGAGAGAUUGGUUUGGUGGGACUAUCAAGAAAGUUUUAA